AUGAGCUCGUCCGCGACGGCCACCGUCUGCACGGGCCCAACUCACCAUGCCACCGCGUCCAGCGGCGGAGUCGAAGACGGAGACGACGACGAGGCGCGCUCGGAGGAGUCGAAGAUGCGGCUUGGCGGAGUCGAAGGCGCACCGGCGACAUUUGUGAGCGUGAUGGGGGUAGAACUGGACUCCUGCUUGAGCUCUACUGGUGCGCCCAUGGCGGAUGGAGAGGAGGGCCAUGGCUUCAUCAAGCCUCAAAAGCCGCAUCUGCUGCCUAAAAUAAUGGGGAAUGGAUAA